CGGCGGGGCGGGGCGGCAUUCGAGAAGGCCGGGGUGUAUCCGGGCUGCCGAGGUGAUGGCGGGGCAGGUGAAGGACAAGGAGGCUUUUCAGAGACUCAGCUUCCUGUACCAGGCUGCCCACUGCGUCUUAGCCCAGAAUCCCGAGAACCAGGCGCUGGCGAGGUUUUACUGCCACACGGAAAGAACCAUCGGCAAGCGGCUCGUCCUGCGACAGGACCCCUCGGUGAAGAGGACCCUCUGUCGCAGCUGCUCCUCCCUCCUCAUCCCCGGGCUGACCUGCACCCAGCGGCAGAGGCGGCGCCUAGGCCAGCGCUGGACAGUACAGACUUGUCUGACAUGCCGUCGAAGCCGCAGAUUUCUCAAUGAUCCCAGACACCAGCUCUGGGGGGACCGACCUGAAGCCCAGCUGGGGAACCAGGCGGACCCCAAAUUGACUAGAUCUGUAGCACACACAAGCCAUCCAGUCUCAGCCCAGCCUUCUGGGGAAAAAUUGCACCAUCAGGACCUCAAAAUACAGUGACUGAGAAGGGUAUCUUCUGCAAAGGCCUAGGAAACAUGAGCUGUCAUUCAGAUAAAAUAUUCAGUAAAGUAUUCAAAUAAAGUUUUGUCCUGCCUCUUUUUACCUGUG